AUGUCAAAGUCCAAGCAGGGCGUGCAGUUCAAGCACCGGGAACGGCGCCUGAGUAAGAGUAGCAUGUCGGACGCCAACUACGACUCGCCCAAUGAGAACCGGAGCCCGACACGGUUCAAUGGUGCAAAGAACAAAAGUCCUGCGCGGUCGAGCAACGGAACUUCACAAGAGGCGAUCAAGGAGGAAGAGCGACCUGGUAUUCAGAGGACCGAUACCAGUAUGAGCGGCUGGGCUACGGACAACGAAGACGAGAAGCCUCAGGAGAAGCAAUUGUCCGACUUUGAGAAGAAAAAGCAAACCUUCAUCACGCGAACUCUGUGGACAUUCGUGAUGAUCGGUAUCUUCUUCGGAUCCAUGUUCGCCGGCCACAUCUACAUUAUCAUCAUCGUCACAGCCGUCCAGAUCAUCUCAUUCAAGGAAGUCAUUGCGAUCUCCAAUGUUCCUAGCCGCGCCCGGAGCUUGCGCUUCACGAAAACUCUGAAUUGGUAUUUCCUCGGGACGACCAUGUACUUCCUCUACGGCGAGAGCGUCAUCUACUACUUCAAGCACAUUGUGCUUAUCGACCGCGUUCUGCUUCCCUUUGCCACUCACCACCGAUUCAUAAGCUUCAUGCUCUACAUAAUGGGGUUCGUGUUCUUCGUCGGAUCGCUCCAGAAAGGCCACUACAGAUUCCAAUUCACACAGUUCGCCUGGACGCACAUGGCGCUUUACCUGAUCGUGGUACAGGCGCAUUUCAUCAUGAACAACAUCUUCGAAGGCAUGAUCUGGUUCUUCCUGCCCGUCAUGCUGGUCAUCACCAACGACAUCUUCGCCUACAUCUGUGGGAUCACCUUCGGCCGCACGCAGCUCAUCAAGCUCUCGCCGAAGAAGACCGUCGAGGGCUUCGUCGGCGCCUGGAUCUGCACCAUCCUGUUCGGGUUCCUCUUCACCAACCUCCUGAUGCGCAGCAAGUACUUCAUCUGCCCGGUCAACGACCUCGGGGCGAACAUCUUCACCGGCCUCCAAUGCGAGCCCAACCCGGUCUUCAUCCCGCACACCUACCGCCUGCAAUCCUACCUGCCCCACUACUUCGUCACGAAGCUCACCUUCACCGUGACGCCGAUGCAGUUCCACAUCCUGGCCAUGUCGACCUUCGCGUCGCUGAUCGCGCCCUUCGGCGGCUUCUUCGCAUCGGGGCUCAAGCGGACGUUCAACAUCAAGGACUUCGGCGACAGCAUCCCCGGCCACGGCGGCAUGACGGACCGCAUGGACUGCCAGUUCAUCAUGGGCUUCUUCGCCUUCAUGUACUACCAGUCCUUCAUCGCCGUCUACAAGGCCAGCGUCGGCAGCGUCAUCGAGGCCGCCAUCACGGGCCUCACCCCGGAGCAGCAGAUCGACGUCGUCAAGGGCCUGACCAAACACCUCUACAACCAGGGCGUCGUGGGCUCGCGCGUCGUCGAGUACCUCGCCGCCAGCCUGGUGCCCCAGCCGACGUCGCUGACGUGA